AACUUGAGGAAAGCAAAGGCUAUACCGUAAAGAGUUGAAUAUUUGAACGGAUAUUGGUGUGUUUCAAAUCAACGCCUUUACCGGAACAUCUACAAAACUUACUACAGAGGAUUUGUGCAGGCGCUCUAAAUUUUACUCUCAAGUUCUUCAAGCCAGUCAGCUUCGAAGGAUUUAGUUUAUACAUUCCGAUACUCGCGAUUUCUAACGAUCGAUUUAUCUUGUCGUUAAAGACCUUUAACUUCUCUUCAAAUCACGACUGAGAUACAAACGAUUCAAAACACCAUGUACGGACUAAGCAGUGAACACAACGUCGUACCCGACCCAUCUGUAUAUGCUCAGGAAUUGAUUUCAGAUGAUCAAUCGCUCUUUGAUUCUUCAUUCAAUGACCCCUACAAGCCGCUGAAACCAGCGCACAAAAGCGAUGGCAAUUUCUUCAACAAAAAGCGACCUUUGGAGGCCGAACUAGAUGAACCACUCGCCAAAAGACCUUAUGUGCCAAACAACGACUUCGCUGAGAGAAACUCACCCUCCCCUGUCCCACAAAAUUUAUCGCACGAGAAGCGAGUCAUCGUGCCAGCCGACCCUCUGUGUUGGACUAAAGAACAUGUGCGUCAGUGGAUACAGUGGGCAAUCAAAGAAUUUAGUCUGAAAGACAUCGAUUCUGAAAGGUUUACCAUGGAUGGAAAAGAACUUUGCAAGUUGACGAGAGAAGGGUUCAUGAAACUAGCCCCUGCAUACAAUGGAGACAUUUUGAUGGCACAUCUGUGUGUGUUGAGAAAAACUCCUCUCCCAAAUUUGACAUCUGAUGACAUCGAUAAUGCACUCGCCCCCGCAUCGUCUCAAGCUUCUUACCACGCCCCUUCACCGCCACUUUUUGAUUCAAGACAGCACCCAGUUAUCACUAGCAAUCCUUCAGUGGCCAGGAGCUCAGAGCAUGGACUUCCAGGAAGAUUCACCUCAAAUGAUUCCAUGGACAGAAAUACACCCUCUUGGUCAACACCAUCCUCGACACCAAGACUGUCGCACAUGAAAGACAGUGUUGUUCCAUCCAGACCAAUGUCUGUACCAGAAUCCCAGUCCCUCCCGAGCUCUUACUCUAAUGCCAAUGUUGGAAACCGCACCGAACCCGCCAGUACAGGUAGCGGUCAGAUUCAGUUAUGGCAGUUCCUUCUCGAACUCUUGUCGGACCCGAAGAACUCGACUUGCAUCGCUUGGGAAGGCGCCAAUGGUGAAUUCAAGCUCGUAGAUCCCGACGAGGUUGCCCGUAAAUGGGGCGAGCGUAAGAACAAACCGAACAUGAAUUAUGACAAGCUAAGCCGAGCUCUGCGAUAUUACUACGACAAGAACAUCAUGACGAAGAUCCAUGGCAAGAGAUAUGCUUAUAAGUUCGACUUUCAGGGAUUGGCUCAGCUCAACCAGCCAAUCACCUCCGACGCUCAAGCACAUGCUCAAGCCGCUUACAAAUUCCCAGGUUCUGACUUCUACGCCGGCUUUUCCGCCGCCUCACCAUUGUUCACCCACCCGGCCGCUAACAGCUGCUACCCCAUGUCUUACUGGGCACGAGCACCUCCCGCUUACCCUCAAUCAAGACCGAUGUAUGGACCUCCGCUUGGCGCAGGAAUGACAUACUACGCUUAGAAUCUAAGUGAUAACAAGAACUUUAUAGAUAAAAUUACUUUUUCUGCUUUGAAUUUGCAGAGGAGGAUUUCGACAUUCCUUAGAGGAAUAAUUUUGUCAACAAAGUGAUAUUUAUUUAUGAUAAAAGAAACAGAAGCUUGUAAUUCGUUUCUGAACAAAAAUGUUCUUUAGACUAAAUUUAGGGACCAUGAUAAAUAUUUUAAUUAAUUAAAAAAAUUAAGAACAACCUUCCUCGAGUUACAGCUACUCAAUAUUAGUAUAAAACUGCUGAUUAUGUUACAAAAAGCCUGCUUUUCAAAUACGCCAAGGCAUGGUCGAUAUUUGAAACGGAUUCUUAUGUACAGUUUCUGUAAAUAUCAAAUAACAGUCAUUUAGGUAAUGUUCAAGUUCAUUACAUUUACGUUGAUGUUCGAAAGGAAACAGUGACUGUAUAUUUUAUAAGGAAUGCGAACUGCAUAAAAUAUUUAUGACACAGGAAACGUUUUAUAAAUAAUAUUGUAUAUUUGCUUAUGCGGAGAUCUUUAUAAACUGUCAGAGAAAACGAAAUAGAUAAUUUAUAAUAUUUUUACAAUUUUUGUACACGACUUGAAAUGUCGCAUAAUUUGUUGAGAAGAAAGACAACCACAUCGUUGGAUGUAAAUAAAAGAAAUGUUUUAUUUCCUA